AUGGCACUGUCUUGGGCAAUCACGAAACUUAUCAAAGGGGAACCGGAAGAAGAAUGGCAAAAUCCAAGUUUGAAAGAUCCUGAGGGAAAAACAGUUCUCUAUUCCAUUCUUGGAAUGCUCGCAAUCAACCUUUGUUUCACCUUGAUCACUGUCUACACACUGCUCCGGAAAGUUCAUUGCCGAACAGGGAGUAGUUUGAACGGCGUCGGGAAACGGAAUGUUCGGACCCCAAUGCCGACACGCGAUUCUGUCUCACAGAACAAGUCGUACAGUCGAGCCUCGACGGAGAAAACAAUGGAGCUGGCUGAAUUACAACAGACUGUUCAAAGCAGCGGCCCUACUGGUGUUCACGACGAGUGUAAAACUGGGUUCCCUGCACGCAGUGGCGUUGCGUCCACAUCUGUGAUGCGUUAUUUCACCGCGUACGGGAAACACGACAGUUUUGAGCAAGAUGAACAGCACUCAUCCAGACUGCCGAAUGUGGUGGACACAACAGCCGAUCCGCAAACGGAUUCGUUCGUAUCGUCAAACGGGUACAGAAAAUCGCCCAAAGCAUUAUCUUCCAUGCAGACUAGACGAACUGGUGAAUCCUCGUUCCGAAACACAGGUUCACUUUUUGAACCCUGGUAA